UUUUUUUUUUUUCUUGCUCGUGGGUCCCUUCUACCUGUGUCCAUCGCUGCAGGUUGUUGUGCUGGCGAGCAAUUGGGCUGUUGUUGAUAUGCUAAUGAGGCGAUUAGACUGUGGGUAAAGAGCUGGAAAAGGGAAAAGUUUCCACCAUUAGAGGGAGAUCUCCGAGCGCGGACGGGAGCGCUGCCGAGCCUCCGCCAGCCGCGCUCCCCACGCCGCCCGGCACCGCCACCGUAGGGAGAGGCAAGGCAGGGAGAACCAAAUCCUCUCUCGCGCGCCAAUCCAUGAAAAUGCUUUGGAAACUGACGGAUAAUAUCAAGUAUGAGGAAUGUGAGGAGCGCCACGACAGUACCAGCAACGGGACAGCCCGGUUACCCCAGUUGGGGACCGUGGGUCAGUCUCCCUACACCAGCGCCCCACCGCUAUCCCACACCCCCAACGCCGACUUCCAGCCCCCUUACUUCCCCCCCCCUUACCAGCCCAUCUACCCCCAGUCUCAGGACCCCUACUCCCACGUGAACGACCCGUACAGCCUCAACCCCCUCCAUGCCCAGCCACAGCCCCAGCACCCAGGAUGGCCGGGACAGAGGCAGAGCCAGGAGACGGGGCUGCUCCACACGCACCGGGGUUUGCCCCACCAGCUCUCGGGGCUCGACCCGCGCAGGGACUACCGGCGGCACGACGACCUGCUGCACGCCCCGCACGGGCUGGGCUCGGGGCUGGCCGACCUGCCCCUCCACUCCAUCCCCCACGCCAUCGAGGACGUGCCGCACGUAGAAGACCCCGGUAUUAACAUCCCAGAUCAAACUGUAAUUAAGAAAGGCCCCGUGUCCCUCUCCAAGUCUAACAACAACGCCGUCUCCUCCAUCCCCAUCAACAAGGACGCGCUCUUCGGCGGGGUGGUGAACCCCAACGAGGUCUUCUGCUCGGUGCCGGGCCGCCUCUCGCUGCUCAGCUCCACCUCCAAGUACAAGGUCACGGUGGCGGAAGUACAGAGACGCCUGUCGCCGCCCGAGUGCCUCAACGCCUCCCUGCUGGGCGGAGUGCUCCGGAGGGCAAAGUCUAAAAACGGAGGGAGAUCUCUGAGGGAGAAACUGGACAAAAUAGGACUAAACCUGCCAGCUGGGAGGCGUAAAGCUGCUAAUGUUACCUUGCUCACAUCGCUCGUGGAGGGAGAAGCCGUUCAUCUAGCUAGAGAUUUUGGGUACGUUUGUGAGACAGAAUUUCCUGCCAAAGCAGUAGCUGAAUUUCUCAACCGACAACAUUCCGAUCCAAACGAGCAAGUCACAAGAAAAAACAUGCUUCUAGCUACAAAACAGAUCUGUAAAGAGUUCACCGACCUGCUGGCUCAGGACCGAUCUCCCCUGGGGAACUCACGGCCCAACCCCAUUUUGGAGCCGGGCAUCCAGAGCUGCCUGACCCACUUCAACCUCAUCUCGCACGGCUUUGGGAGCCCGGCGGUGUGUGCUGCCGUCACCGCCCUGCAGAACUAUCUCACCGAGGCGCUCAAGGCCAUGGACAAAAUGUACCUCAGCAACAACCCCAACAGCCACACAGACAACAGCACCAAAAGCGGCGACAAAGAGGAGAAGCACCGAAAGUGAGGAUUCCCCACACACACACGCUCCUCUCCCUUCCCCCUCAUAGCCCAUCGAUCCAUUCAUCUCCCUCCUCCCUCUCCCCGGCACCCAGCACCCCAGGCUACAGCAACAGAAUGAGCGUCCUUCUGCCAGUCCUGUUCUCUGACUCUGCAGGACUGCUCUGCCCUCUCUCCACACCCCUUCCCAGCAUCCACAUUUCCAUUUGCUCCUGCCUAAAUUCCCCCCUCUUCCCACUGCCACCAUCGUUUUACCCCAGUUUGGAGCCUAAGAGAACAGAACAGGGGGACGGAGCCAGCAAAGAAAAAAAGUUCUGUCUUGAGUUUGUGAACUUUUUUUUAAAUAAAACAAAAGGAGGAAAAAAACCCAACAAAAAAUAAAACAAAAAAGAAAAGGACUUUUUUUUCUAAAAAUAUAUUAAAAAAUUAAAAAAAAAUCAAAAAGAAAUAAAUGAUACUUAAAAAUUCUAUGAGCUUCACCGGACUGAAUCACCACCUUCCCUUACGUAAACUUCAGUUAAGAUUGUAGCCAUACUAAAAAUGAAAAAAAAAAGUGAAAAAGUACAACAGCAACAGCAGACAGACAAAAGGCAAAGAGGACUGAUGACAUUUUAUCAGUAUUGUGAAUAAACUUGAACACAAAACACAAGCGGUUCCAUGUCAUAUCUUCAGUUGUAGAACUUUUUCCUGUCCAAGGUAAAGCGACCAACUUGAACUUUCUAUUGCAACACGAUUCACGGUUAUUAUAUAAGGGAAUCAGUGUUCAUGUAUGUAUAUAUUUAUUUAUGUGUAAUUUAAUGGGAAUUGUAAAUAUGGUGAGUCUGUUUUAAGCCUUUUUUUAUUUAUCUGGUGAUCUCGUUUACCUCUUGUUUAGUGGGUUUUAAAUCUUCCCCUCUUAGUUCAUCAUGUGGUUCAUGGUACUUAUUUAGAUAUCAGAGGUUUUUUGGGGGUUUUUCUCUGGGAUUCAUCAUUUUUAGCCCUAUUGUAGCAUGUUAAAAGCGACAAUGAAGCAGCUGAACAAAUAAAAAACCAUUAAUUUUUAUAUAUAAUUAGUAUGACAUUUAGUUUCUCAUUGAAGAUAAAAUAAAGUGAUGUUGGACCCUGGCAAGGUUUUUAAACAUGUUAGUGGUUUUACAACCCUUAUGUGUUGUGGAAAAUGAAAAAAGUUAUUUUCAUCCACUGUCCUUCUCCUGAAAGCACCAACAGAGCAAUAAAUUAAUACUGUCUUUUAAAACAA